GGGCCUCUGUGUAAUCGAUUACUAAGCCAUUUCCUCUCAAAUCUCCAUUCCUCUCCACCACCAAUCUUUCUCAUCAACAAUAUAUACAUCUAUAAUACCACAGCUGGCACUCAUAAUGUUUUCACCUGUUCGUAGUUCAGCAAGAGGAAGAAUUCGAAACUCGAAUCCUGAUGAGAAUGGUCUUGCGUUAUUGCCCUCUAGUUUUCUACCACCAUCUUACUCUUUCGAGGAUCUGUAUCGAGAGCUUGUCGACGGAAAGCAGGAGGGUAAGGAUGAGGAACUAGAGAGCCUCGUCAUACUUGCCAGCUGCUUGAAGGAAAACUCGAACAUAUCGAAAAAAGCAGAUGAUGAUAUAUGGCAUGGGAAGCUUGAAGCUUAUUUAUCAGAGAAACUACUACCUGAUGGCAAGAUAUUCUCGCUAGAUAAGUUUGAUGAAGAGGAUCAACCAGACAAGGUCCACAAAAUCAAGCAAUGUAAAGAGAAAUACAAUCUCUGUAUUCUUUCGAUAGAGAAUCUUCUUAGUAUCUCUCCGAAGACAUUGCAACCGCCAAAAAACUCGACUCUUCUUUCUCUCAUCCCAUUCACUAACACCAGUUAUGCCUGGACAACUCCCCAGUCUCAAACUACCGCCAUCACAAUACUCGAUAAAUAUGCAUCAUAUGCAAAAUCUCCUGAGUUUUUGGUUAAUAAUCUUUUAAGAUCCUUCAUCCGCCUCAUAUUUUCUGAAGCUGCCACCCCUGAAUCUGUUACUGCAUCUUCCCGCAAAGCAUUUCCAUCAUCUGCACCACCCCGCCACUUCGACAUUCUCGAGUCCUCUCCUUCAAAGCAACCUUGGAGGUCAAAUAUUCCAUACACUAUACCUGUGUUACAAUGGAUCGUCGAUAUUGUCCCUCCGGAUCUUCUCCGUGCGCAAGCAUGGCCUCUAUUAACCACUCCUAUUUUAAUACUCCUCGAUUCGCCAUCAAACUCAAUCCGGACUCACGCUCUUCGAAUACUUCCCAUGCUAUUCUCAAAAAUGGGGGACAAAUUACUUCAACAAACAGGACUAGGCGAUGUCUUCGAAAAUACCCUCCACCCAGUUUUGUUAUUCUUACCAUCCACGACACCUGUUGAAGAAACACUCAAAUUGUUGCCAGAGACAUACAAAGCUUUGAGUGCACUUUGCAAUGCGAUAUGGCCUAGCAAGGGAGACGAGGAGGCUUCUACCGGUGUGACAACCAUAACGAUAAACAAAGCCUCGAAACACAACACAACCCCUUCCAAAUCACCAGCUCAGCUUCGUCUCGCAUUCCUUGACAGAAUUGUUCGCCAUGCCAUUCUUCCUGCUUAUCUACACUGUCAAGAAAUACCUUCCGUAGUUGAAAUACUGGUCGUACAAAUUGGUAUCAUCAUCCCGGAGAUGAAGAUUUCAGGCGUGAAACAUCUCAAGGAUAUAUUGCCUAUACUGGUAAAUAUUCUUUCGAACCCAUUCUUCCCCGACACUUCUCCAUCACUGGUUAUAAAUACUCUGAAGACACUUAGAGAAGUGAUUCUGGUCUUUUGGCCCCGUAUUAGUAUUGAUGAACAUCGAUUGGUUAUUAUAAGCGCUUUAACACUUCUAAACUGUCAUAUCUGUUCAAGAGUAGACGAGAAAUCCGAGGAACAGGAAAGGGCAAGAUCGGAGAUCCUGGAUCAUCUACUGGAGACAGGAAAGGUAUUUACAGCAGUGGUCCAACAGGCGGGGGAUGAGAAGGAAAGACAGAGUUUUGAGCAGGAGUUGACGAAAAUCAUCGAGACUGAUGAAACGCUGGCUAGAGUCUUCCCUAAAUGAAUGGGAGUGUCAAGAUAUACAAAAUUAUAUAUAAAACCGAUGUUUUCAUAAAUGUUCACAAGACGUCGUCAAAUGAGAGGUGUAAACGAAUGUGGUCUUGACGUUAUCAACUUAUGACUUCUGAGUAAGGUCACGAUGUUUCAUUUUUUAGUAUGGAUAUACCCAGGUAUCUAUUAGAUGUUCCUUCUAAAGCAAGAAGAACUACCAAUACUGAUCUUGAUGAGAAUCA